UCAGUUACAAAUCUUUUGCACUGCAUACCACUGUUUAAAGCAAUCUGAAUGUCACAUGAGCUAAUAGUCACUUGACAGUUUGCAUCUUUUAACUGUUCACUUGUAUCAGACCAAUGAAUGUCAUAGGAAGAUCAGCUUGGUUUGUGUUCGGAUCUAAUUCUUUGUUGCUUGACUUUUACCUCAAAAUUUUAAGAGUUUUUCUUUAAAAUAAAUUUUGUUUAACAGCUGUAUUGUGACGUUACAUUUCAAUUGAAUUUAACUUUUAAUUAUUAAACAUGGCAGCCUUUCCUGUGUCUUCUUUUGCUGAAGGUCAGGUUGUGGAUAAAGAAUAUUGUUGUUCAAUCUGCGAAAAGCAUAAUACCGAGACAAAUGCAGCUUUUUACUGUAAAAAAUGCAAUACAUUUUUCUGUGGACAAUGUAUUCACUCUCAUAGUAAGCAUGGUCUGUGGUUUAAUAAACAAUCUCCUUAUGGAAAGGAUAAAAUAAUGAAAUGGCCAAUUUCUAAGAAAAUGGAGAAUUAUCUUUUAGCAUGUGACAUUCACAAAAAUGAAAAAUUAACAAAGUUUUGCCAGAACCACAGUCGGCUGUGCUGCUCUAAAUGUGUUGAUCUUGAUCACAGUCGGUGCACUCCAGUGAAAGUUAUUUCUAAGGUCAAAAGGCAGUCAUCAGAUGUAAAGAAAUUGUCAGUCAAAGUUCUGAAAACUCUUUCAAGAUUAAAAAAGCUCCAGGGGUAUAGGGAGGACAGCAGGAGGUCCAUGCAGGUCUGCUAUGCUGAACUUGAGCAGAACAUGGUGGAGACAAUGCAGCUGAAUAUACAAUCUUUCUUAGUCCAAUGUGAGGACAACUCCGUGAAUGAAACACAUGCACAUGUGGAAUAUUCAGUAGAUGAAAUGCGUCAGAAAAUAUAUUCAUUAUUAGCAGAAUUUGAAAACAGCGCUAUUAAGGAAAAUAAAGAAGAGCUGACACUGAAACAAGCUCCUCUCCUUAGUGUGAUCAACACCUGCAUCAGACAUCACAUUGAAUUGUUACGAGUCUAUGAAGCUUUGCGGAAAGUGAAGGAUCGAACAGAACUCUCGUUAAUAACCCGUUACAAAUGUCAGGACAAAAUACAACAGUCUGAGAUAUAUAUGAAUGAGAACUUUUCAGACGAGGUAUUUACUAUUCAGGGAAAGUCCACCCACAAUGUGAGAAUGUCAAGUGAUUCAAAGACAUGCUGGAUCACAGCUAUGCUUGUUCUUCCAGAUGGACAGUUCUUGGUUGCAGACUGGGGUAAUCAUAAAGUCAAGCUGCUGAACCAGCAGUACCAGGUGGUGAGUCACUGUGGUGUGAGCGCACAGAGUAUUUGCCAGAUCACACCCAGUGAGGUUGCAGUGACUGUGGAUGACUGGAUUAACACACAUGAGGUCCAGUUUAUCACAUUCAACCAGAGCCAGCUUGUGACAGGAAGACACUUUCAGUUACAACAUGACUGUUAUGGUAUUGCCCAUCACCAGGGUGACCUGUUCAUCUGUUCUGGUAAUGCUAUGUUCAAGUACUCACUAAGUGGGGAACUGAUCUGCAAACUAUAUGAGGAUGCAUCAGGUUUUGUUACAGUGUGGGGGUUUGCCAUGAGUCACACAGGAGACAAGCUGUACAUAACCAGCCCAUCUCAUCACAAGCUCUACACCGUGGCCAGGGAUGGAACACUCCUGGCUGUCUUCACAGACCCAGAACUACAAUACCCACAGAAUGUAUAUGUGACCCCUGCAGGCCAGGUGCUGGUCUGUGGAAUGCUGUCCCACACUAUAGUACAGAUGGACAGUGAGGGAAAGAGGAAGCUAGCAACUCUGGUUUCAGUGAGGGAUGGAGUGGGGAGACCAUGCUCAGUAUGCUACAGCAGCACCACAUCAUCCAUCAUUGUGGGACUGUUGGGGGACGACAACAUCAUGGUGUUCAGAGUGGAAUAGAGUGUUCAUGAUCUCGACCAACCCCAGGAGGCUGCCCUGUGAACUCAGUCGUCAAAGUCAGUAGAGAUAGACAAGAACGAGGCAAAGGCUAUGAAACCCAGCAACAUUGUACUCACAGUAAGAAACCCAGCAACAUUGAACUCACGCAACUGCUCAGCACAGAAGACUACUGUCUGGUGAAAGGCUCGACUGUAUCAAAGUCAAGUGAUGUGGGGGGGACUUGGUCGUUCCAUGUCUGGGGAUCGCAUCAUGAAGGACUUUUUAGCUGACACUCACAAGGGAGAGAACUCUGGAUCUGCACCAGCAGAAAGAGCUGGCUAAAAAGAUAAAUGAGCUGCACUGUUGGAAAAUGGGGCUUAAUGCACGUGCUUAAAUUGUUAUCCCAGAUUAGCAUGUGCAGUCCACACAGACUAAUCAGGGACAACACUUUCCUCUUUAAAGAUGAGCACGAGCAUUGUAUCGAGUUGACGUGGCAACGGCACCAGUCGGACCCCCAGGAGCCUCAGUCCAGGACAACCUUUCCCCUCCCCUGACCUCCUGCCUCAAAGCUUGUUGAACAAUACCGAUCUGCAGGAAUGCCUGAGCGUGUUGAGUUUUCACAAGCUGUUCUCAACAACUGCAAUGUCCGUUUUGAUUGAUCCACACUCGAGCCUGAGUAGUUUGUUUAGCUCCAAUGCCAGAGGUGGGUCACGUAUUGCAGACACAAGGAAAUAUAGCAGCAGAUAUGGUAAUACUUACAGUCACAGAUUGUGGACGUCACAACAAAUAUUACGAAGAAUAAAAAGUUUGAUAACUUGUUCCAUGCCGUAUGGGACUAACAGAGCGACAGCGAAUAAUGGGAGAACAUCUAGAAACAGUUGAAGAGCUAAAGUUCGAAGCCUAAGCUAUCCACUGGGGCUACUUCUGAUUUCGAUAGUAGUAGCAUUAUGGACCAUCCCAGUUUGUCCUCUUAGGCGUCCAAAAUGUCCAAAGUGAAGUUGCUUUUUACGCAGUUGCUGACAAAUAAACUUUGUAAUGAACACUCAUAGCACGAUGAAUAAAUCUGGCAUGGUUCAGGCGCAAAUUCUGCCCAACAUCGUUAACAAGGUGCUCAAGGUGUACCUAUGGGGGUUUGUUUCGAGCACUUCACACUUCAAGCCAAAAUGGCCUCGCAUUGAGUUGAUGCUUGAGAAGGCGUUGAAAAAUGACAGCAGUUGUGUUGUGUGGUACAGUAUGCCCUUUGAUUCUCACCCCGAUGUUAGGUAGAACUCAAACUCGGCCCUUAGCAAUAUCAGCGAGGCUAGAAUGUCAUCUCUGCAUCUUGAGCUUCAGCAAACAUUAUAAGCCAACAAGACAAACACCUUUGAAGUCAAUGUCGAUGGCAAUCCCCACCCCUUCUUUCACAAAUACUACAACUCGCUCAAGAAAUUCAGCACGAAGACAUCUUGCAUCAGCCUAGCACGCCACCUAUGAACAUCUUCUUCCAGGUUGGCUACAUCAACACUUCGAACAGCGGAGCCUUGGUGAGUCCGACUUCCGUCACAGAUUUGAUGUCGCUUAGCAACAUUUCAAUGAUGGGCUUGAAAAACUUGUUCCAGACGAGUUGCUCAAUUGGAAAAGAUUUGAUGCAGCAGAUAGAGGAGGCGUUGAGUGACUUUCUGUAAAUGUGACUGACCUCGGUAUGUUGCUCUCGAAUAAUGUGAAACUGACGCCUUAGGAGCAGUCUGCGAUUGACGCCAUUUAGCAGCAGCUGUUUUCUGACAUGCCCGGAUUUUACUUUGGCAUCUGGAGUUGCACCAUCUCUGUCUGUAUCCCUUUAACAGCAGCAGCAACAUUAACAACAACAGGAAGUAUUCCAGCCUCAUUCUGGGAAAUUGGGUAUUAAUGCAUGUGGAUAGUGUUGUCCGGGAAAAGCAUAUAAAGUUUGCUCAGGCAAAUCAGAGGCAACACUUUCGGAAUAAAUCUCUUAACUAAAAAUUCCAUAAAAGCAGAAAAUGUCAUCGCUGAUUAGGUUGUGCAGACUGCACAGGCUAAUCUGGGACAACACUAUCCACAUGCAUUAAACUCCGUUUUAAAAUUUUGUGUGAAUUGGUAAAUAACUGUGCAUAGUGGUAAUAAAAAAUCGGUUCACCCAACAGCAUUUGAACUGAUAUCGUAUGAAGUAAGCAGUAUGUUUAAUGUUUUUACUUUUUUAUGCCCCCCAGGAUCGAAUGAUCGGGAGCAUAUUGUUUUUGGCCUGUCUGUCUGUCAUUCUUCAUUCUGUACCAAAUCUUUAACCUUGGUUAAAGUUUUGCGAUAACUUUUGAAAUAUUGAACAUAGCAACUUGAUAUUUGGCAUGCAUGUGUAUCUCAUGGAGCUGCACAUUUUGAGUGGUGAAAGGUCAAGGUCAUCCUUCAAGGUCAAAGGUCAAAAUUUUUUAAUUAAAGCGCCGCAUUAGGGGGCAUUGUGUUUCUGACAAACACAUCUCUUGUUGCAAUUCUAUAUCAUUCUAAGUUAAGGGUUAAGGUAGCAUAGCUUUGGCGUGAUACUUUACAAGCAUUUUGUAUUAGUCGUUGAUACAUUGGUAGCUUUACAUUUUGCAUUGUAUUAUCUGAUCGUCCAUGCAAUAUUUUAAGUUUCUCUAAAUUUUCGGACACAUUAUUUUUUCUUUCUACAUUUUCUGACACCUGUAGUUUUGGAAUAUGUUUGGUAUCUAAAUUUUUGGACACAAAUUUCUUUUUAUUAUUUUAACUGUCUGAAAACUUAGAUUAAUUAAGGUAGUAUAGAUUCAAUAUCACUUACAGCAAAUAGUUUAAACCAGAAUAGGCAGUAAUAACAAGUAAAAAUAUAAAGGCCCUGGUAGCAAGAUAGCGUGUUGAAGAUAGACAUCCAUCUGUAUUUCUGCAUUUCUGUCUAAUCCAUAGACAAAACGUGUGUGAUCAAGUACUCAUACACUGACAGUAUUAAACUCAUAUCUAUUGAUUCUUAUGAUAUGCCAUACAGUUGUAUAGUCUUACAUUUAAACUUUAAAGUUAGAAAAUGUUUUACAUUUAAAGUUGUUUUGACUCAUGUUUAACAUGGUAUAGUCUAACAUAGUGUCACAUUAAAAAUCGUAUUGUCUAAAAUUUAAAAUUUUACAGUCUCACAUUAAAAAUUGUAUAGUCUCACAUGUUAACUUUUCCUUUUUAGCAAACAUUAUUAGCCAACAAGACGAACAUCAUUGAAGUCAAUGUUGAUGACAAUCCCUACCCCCUUCUUGCACAAAUACAACAACUCGCUCAAGAAAUUCAGCACGGAGACGUUUUGAGUCAGUCUAGUACGCCAUCCUCUCGCAAGGCGGCUACAUUAACACUUCAAACCACAGAGCCUUGGUGAUUUUGACUUCUGUCCCAGCUUUGAU